UGUUCUUUCUUUCGUGCGUGCGCAACCGUGAACCUUUUUGUGUUGCUUCCUAACUUCUCGGGUGUUAGAACCUGCCAGGCACCAUCUGGGCCAAAUUUUUUGAAAGCCCUUUGUACUUGGACUCGGGCUACAGAGAUCGUAAGUCCCUCCAACUCCUUUUAUGCGCAAGUUGUAGCUUGAAAGACUUUCUCUGGCUCCCAGCCCUGCCUUCCUGUACUCUCUGCCUGUGAACGCAAGGAAGCAAUUAUUACAAGAACACUAAGGGCCCAGCUUGUCUGCAGCGAUGGCAGCGGCUGCCAACCGACAGAAACAGUUCAAUCUCACAGAAGACCUAACAUGUCCCAUCUGCUGCGACCUCUUCACGGAGCCGGUGAUGCUGGGCUGUAUGCAUCACUUUUGUAAGCGCUGCAUCAGUACCUACUGGAGAGGCCUCCAGACACCCGUGUCCUGUCCCCAGUGCCGCCAGGGGUUCACCAACAAACAGUUCCAGACCAACUAUCUGGUGACAGCCAUGGUGGAGAAGGUCCGGGCCACCACUUCGGACAGUUACAUCAAGAAUGUGGAGAAACAGCUGAAAGAGUCUUUGGAGGCCCAUAGGCAGAGAAGAGAAGAUUUCCUCACUGUUAUACGCCGAGACAAGGAAAAAAUGGACAACAUCAAGAGAACAGGUUCCGAGCUGCAGGCGCGGGUCCAAGGGGAGUUUCAGGCUUUGCACGCACUUAUUGCGGAGGAGGAGGCGUCCGUGUUGGAACAGCUGCGGAGGGAGCAGGAGGCGGCUCUGGAGCAACAGCAGCGCCACCUGGAGGCAGUCCAAGAGGCUAUCAGGCAGCUGGAGAACACCAUGAGGUUUCUGCAUGAGGCUGCUACCUGCCCGGACCACAGAGCUCUAGCGGAGCUUCCCCAGUUACGUGUUGAGUUCUUCUCCAGGGCUCCAGUUGAAGUGGCACCAGGACCGGACCUAGACCUGAAUGCGUUUAGCUCUAGAUACAUGAUGCCUUUGCAGUACAUUACCUGGAGGAAGAUGUUCAAGUCUCUGAAACCCGGUCCGGCCCCGGUGACAUUUGACCUGGACACCGCCCACCCUAGUAUCCAUGUGUCUAGGGAUCGCACCAUGGCGGUGGACUGUGACGACAUGGCACCCUACCAGCCCAACUCUAAACGCUUCCUACAGUGUGUCAAUGUCCUGGGGGCACAGGGCUUCCAGGCAGGGCGCCACUACUGGGAGGUGGGUGUGGGGAGUAAGGCUAAGUGGGACCUUGGUGUGGCACUGGACGGGGUUAACCGGCAGUCUCGGGUCAAGCUGAGUCCUGAGACUGGCUACUGGACCCUUCGGCUGAGGCACGGAGACCAGUACUCUGCCGGGACCCAGCCCUGGACACGGCUGCAGGUACGCUGCUGUCCCCAGAGGAUUGGGGUUUUCUUGGACUGUGAGGCGAGGAGGGUGUCCUUCUACAAUGCUGAUGACAUGAGUCUACUGUUCUCCUUCAGUAAUGGCCCCCGAGGCAGGGUGUUGCCCUUUUUCAGUCCCUGCAUCAGUGAUGCCAACCAGAAACCACAGCCAAUCCAGCUGCUGCACUACCCACCCCCCGGCCUGACUGAUUAGGUGUUGUCUUCCUAGUGUACAUCUGACCUGACCUCUUACACAUCCGAUUGGCUGGAGUUAGGACACACGUUCUGUCUGUAGAGUAUGUUCGUCUGACUGGCUGGAGUUAGGACACACGUUCUGUCUGUAGAGUAUGUUCGUCUGACUGGCUGGAGUUAGGUCACACGUUCUGUCUGUAGAGUAUGUUAGUCUGCUUGGCUGGAGUUCGGUCACACGUUCUGUCUGUAGAGUGUUUGUUGGACUGGCUGCUUUGCCAGUGGAGAUUUUCUUUUAUGUCAGUUUCUAAAUCACCAGAACUCCUUAUAACACAAUGGUAUUUUUCUGUGGCAAUUAAUUUCAAAGGGUUUGUAAUGGAACAGUUAUAAAUAAUAGUAAAUCAGUCAUUACAUUUACUCUAAUAAUCAGCAUGUCUUUCAUGGAGGUCGCAACACAGUGUGGUUAUAAAGGUAUAAUGGAGUGGUUAUGAAAUUGUAAUGUGCCAUAAUUGUCUUUAAAUCAUUAUUUUCUUUUUUGUUACGGAUAUAUAUUACAUUUUUUGCAUUUGCACUACUUUGGCAUUUUCUUUUAUGUUCAGUUCUGAAAUAUCUUCUGAUCAUAUUAAAUUUGUAUUAUCAGUUAUAACAUAUAUCCAGGUACUUUGCAUUUACUCUACUCAGUUAAUGCAAAGUACUCUAAAUGCAUUUACUCUGCUAUCUUGGAAUAUGGAUACUGUAAAUUUAAAUUUUGAACACUAUUGAAUCAAUAUAUAGAAAAUCUUUAAAUGAAAUGUAAGCUGCUUGAUCAAUAACCUAUGCAAAAAGAUGAUGCCAUACAAUGAUGCCAUGUAAUCAAUACAAUAGCACUCAAUGUUAUCUCAUCUGCUUAUUUUCUGAUCAAAUUAUGGUCUGUUCUGUUAUUUUCAUAGACAGAAAGCUGUACGUUUAUUGCAAGUUGUCGAUGAAAAUAAACCAAGUUUAAUGUAAUGCUUUGACAAAGACAAUUGAAAUGUGUUGGAUUGUUUUAAAUUGUCUAGAUAGCUUUCAGAUGACCCCUGUUCUUGGCAAUGGGAGUCCUCUGAUGACAAAUGUGGACGACAGAGAAGAUUGUUCAAAUACCCAACAAUAGGCCUGUAUUUUUGUCGAAUGCAGUUUGUCCCUAAAAUAGUUGCCUGGCGUUGAACUAAAAAAAUAAAUACAAUUUAUGAAUGAAGUACACA